AUGAAGAGCAGAUUGUACGGCACUGUCAUGUUACGGGAAUUUCAGGUUGGUGAGGUGGAAAUUGACUAUAUGAAUUGCUCGCUGAGGCCGAUGUAUGAUCUUAAUUACUCUCAGAACGCCACGCUUGUGCAGUUUGUUUUCUGGCUGUUUGGUAUCGCUGUCAAACUGAUUCCAUCAUUCCUGCUCACACUGCUCGUUGUCGGCCUAAUCAGGUACUCCCUUCAGUCGCUGCACACGGUAGAAAGGAAGCACCGCUUUUUGACAUGCAACAAGCAGCCUAGAUUGAUGCAAGAUAGCAAAACGCAAUCACCACGUAGUACUAACAGUGGUGUUGCUUGCCGUAUGCGUAAAACUUACAUGUCCACGUCGCGCACAACACGCAUGCUUAUUUGCAUAUUGUUCCUGUGUAUCGCUGUUGAGCUACCGCACGGAAUAUUAAAUUUGUGCACCGGUGUAUAUGGUGAAAAUUUUGGUGUGCGGAUCUACGAUCAUUUGGGAUCGUUCAUGGAAAUGCUCACCCUUCUGUACAGUUCGAUCAGUUUUGUUCUCUACUGCACCAUGUCUCAGGACUACCUGGAUACUUUUAAGUCGCUUUUUUGCACAUGCUGCGUUAAACACAAUGAUUUUUGCGACGAUCCAUUAUUUCGACAAAAACCAAAGCAACAUUGGAGCAGUAGCAAAUCGCGCAUGAAAAAUGGUUAUCUUGUGGCUUGA